UGCUUUCAAUGAAAAAGAGGGGGGCGCGAAGGAGGAGGCGUCGGCGUCGGUGGCGGCGGCGUCGGCGGCGCGGAGGAGAAGGCGGCGGUGGGCGCAGAGACGAGGGCGAGCCAGGGGGCCGAGAGGGCGGGAGGGCGUAGUGGUGGCCCAUCGGGGCGGCUGAGGCGGGCAGCUGAAGCGGUAGCUCUCGGAGUGGAAACAAAGACCGGCGGCUGAGGCGGCAGAGGAGCGGCGGUGGCGGCGCUGCAGCAGCUGGCGGGACUGGUAUGGUGGUUCCACAGGUCAGACCCCGCUGCACUCAAAGGGAGGAGGCGGUGGCAGCGGCGGAGGAAGGCGGCGCACCUCGAGAGGCAUGCCCAAAGAAAAAUACGACUCUCCUGACCCUCGGAGGAUGUACACAAUCAUGUCCUCUGAGGAAGCAGCAAAUGGAAAGAAAUCACAUUGGGCAGAGCUUGAAAUAAGCGAUCGAACCCACGUGCUAGGAAAAGUAAGAAGCUUAAGCUCAUCUUUGUGGUCACUAACUCACUUGACAGCUUUGCAUCUGAGUGACAAUUCCCUGUCCCGCAUUCCUUCAGACAUUGCCAAGCUUCACAAUCUGGUGUAUCUGGACCUGUCCUCUAAUAAAAUCCGUAGUUUACCCGCAGAACUCGGAAACAUGGUAUCACUCAGGGAGCUCCAUUUAAAUAACAACCUGUUACGAGUUCUACCUUUUGAGCUGGGAAAACUGUUUCAGUUGCAGACUUUAGGCCUAAAAGGAAAUCCACUUACCCAAGAUAUAUUGAACCUCUAUCAGGAACCAGAUGGAACAAAAAGGCUACUGAAUUAUUUGCUUGAUAAUUUGUCAGGUACUGCAAAAAGAAUUUCAACAGAACAACCACCUCCAAGAUCUUGGAUUAUGUUGCAAGAACCAGAUAGAACAAGGCCAACUGUUAUCUUUCCUACAGCCUUGUUUUCUGUCAUGUGCUAUAAUGUUCUUUGUGAUAAAUAUGCGACCCGGCAGUUAUACGGCUACUGUCCAUCAUGGGCACUAAAUUGGGACUACAGGAAAAAGGCUAUUAUUCAAGAAAUCUUGAGCUGCAAUGCUGAUAUUAUAAGUCUUCAGGAGGUUGAAACAGAACAAUAUUACAGUUUUUUUCUGGUAGAACUGAAAGAACGUGGUUAUAAUGGAUUCUUUAGUCCUAAAUCUCGAGCUAGGACAAUGUCAGAACAAGAAAGAAAACAUGUUGAUGGCUGUGCAAUAUUCUUCAAGACUGAAAAAUUUACUUUGGUUCAGAAACACACUGUUGAAUUUAAUCAGCUAGCAAUGGCAAAUUCAGAAGGGUCUGAAGCUAUGCUGAACAGAGUCAUGACAAAAGAUAACAUUGGAGUUGCAGUACUGCUAGAACUUCGAAAGGAAUUGAUUGAAAUGUCAUCUGGAAAGCCACAUCUUGGAACAGAAAAACAACUUAUUCUUGUGGCUAAUGCUCAUAUGCAUUGGGACCCUGAAUACUCUGAUGUAAAGUUGGUACAAACUAUGAUGUUCCUCUCAGAAGUAAAGAACAUUAUUGAUAAAGCUUCUCGAAGUCUCAAAUCCAAUGCAUUGGGAGAAUUUGGAACUAUUCCACUUGUGUUAUGUGCAGAUCUUAAUUCUUUGCCUGACUCUGGUGUUGUAGAAUAUUUGAGCACUGGUGGAGUAGAAACAAAUCAUAAAGACUUUAAGGAACUGAGAUAUAAUGAAAGUCUUAUAAACUUCAGCUGCAAUGGGAAGAAUGGAAUGACCAACGGAAGGAUCACUCAUGGUUUCAAGUUAAAGAGUGCCUAUGAGAGUGGCCUGAUGCCUUACACAAAUUACACAUUUGAUUUCAAGGGUAUAAUUGACUACAUCUUCUAUUCUAAACCUCAACUGAACACUUUAGGCAUCCUGGGACCUCUGGACCACCAUUGGCUAGUUGAGAAUAAUAUCAGUGGCUGCCCACACCCACUUAUCCCCUCCGACCACUUCUCACUUUUUGCACAACUGGAGCUCUUACUGCCUUUCCUGCCCCAAGUUAAUGGCAUUCACCUUCCUGGCAGGAGGUAGUCAAGUACCUACAGAGGAUAACCUCAGUUUUAUUUGUAAACUUGUGAAAAAUCUGAAUAUAGGGAAGUGAGGUAUUGCCACUAGGGAUUUUUCUUAAUGAUGAUUUGAAUUUUCAAUCUGAUUAUUUGAAAUAAGGAUAAAGUAUGAAAGCCAGGUGCUAGCAACAAAUUCUGAGCCCAAUAUGCUUUAUAUACUGCUAGACAGGGAUUGGUGUGUUUGCACCUAUCUUUAAUUUGUUACAAGUAAUUUUCCUGUUUCUUCUAUCGAGUAUAAUAUUUUCAUGCCUUGAAAUAGGAAAAUGUUUGAACAGCAUAUUCUCUUUGCACAGAAAUCUGUAGCACUACUUUUUUGAGGCCAGUAGUAACAUCCAGAGACCAUUCUUCCAGACUUCCUCCUUUUUCAGACUUGUUUGUAAAAUAUAGAAUUUAGCCUUGAUGAUUGUAUAUGAUCCACAGAAGACCUGAUUUAUGAAAUUUUUAUACUUAAAAAAAUCAGAUUUGAAAAUGAUUGUAUUGUAAACUAAGGCUAAAUUUUUUUUUUUUAAAUCCUGUUUCCUGUGUUCUGAAGGCCAGCUUGUAAAAGAGUUGCAACAGACAUUCUCUGCAAUGAUUUGCACUGUUAGGGUUUUGUUAGCCCUUUUGUACUACUUUAUUUUUAAAUUGAGAACAAUUGUUCUUUAAAUCUAAGUCUGCUUUAAACCUUAGGACAUUUUCUUGGACCAGCAGCAACUUAUUCAUGAGUUCCUGAAUUUUUACAAAAACUCUCUCUCUACCAGGACAGAUAAGCUGAACAGUGAUCUGUAGGCAUUUAUGGACUGAAUGUGAUGGUUGAUUAUAUGUACAUUCUGAUAUUUUUAAACCUUUAACUGUUUUUAAGUUAUAAACUUAUAGCUGCUUAGGUACAGCUUCUUAACUCCUCUUUGAGACACUUCCUGUCCUAUCUCCACUGUGCCUGCCUAAAUUUGUUCUCACCAAGCACUGCCUGUGCAUGCAGAGAAAAUCUGUGCAUCCUCUUUUAUAUUUUUUAAAUACUGUUUAACAUUUGUGAGAAUUUUAUGAAAAUGCUUUUGUAUGAGCUGUGGCUUUUUUCUCAUUGUGAAGCAUUGAAUAUCAUAUUUUGGAAUAUGUUCAUAGGGUGGGUCCCUGGGUCUUUGUACACCAGACCCAAGCACUGCUUCUAGGUGUCAUUAUACAGUGCUGUUUGUCACCCAGAAUACUACUAUCAUGUGAAUUAUUUUUGGUUAUCUAUGUAUUCCUUAUGUAUGUUUUUUUAAUCAUUCCUUUUUUAAGAAAAAGUAAUUUUCCAUUCAUGAAGCAGUAUGACUUAGAUGUGUUUUCAAAACAGGUCCCUAAGGCAAUUCUUCAGAUCAUUUUUAAAGUGACUAAGUCAUUUUAGUGUCAACCAAGAUAAAAGUUAUAUGUACCCUGUGUUUUGCCCAUAGUGCCAUUAGUAGAUUUGAGAUUAAAGCCAGCUUUAACUGUGCAAAGUUAAAUUGUAUAUGUUCUGUUCUCAUUCAUUCUUCUCUCAAAAAUCAAAUGAAUUCAGAGGGAGCUAACUGCUUUUGUUUCAACUGCAGGCAGGGCAGCAAAAGGACACCAUGUGAGCAUUAAGAAAAAAAUUGUUGAGUGUUGUUAACAAUUUUUAUACAGAGAAUGAGUCAUUUUGGAUAAUGACUUAAAAUUUUAUGAAAAACAUUCAGCACUUAAAUGUGCUUAUUCUGUUUUUUAAGAGAAAAAUAAAAUUAUAUACUGUUUAAAUAAAUGAUUUUUUCUUUUUCUUUUCUUUUUUUUUUCCUGAAGAAAUUCUUCAAAGGUUUUGAUCUUGAAUCUUUUGUCUUGGACCUGGUUUUUCCUUUAAGUUUUAUGUUUUGUUUUAUUUUUUUUAUUUUAAGAUUUUGUUGUGAUGGUUUUUCUUUCUUUCUUUUUUUUUUUUUUUUAAGUUUUAAUGACACAAACAUAUCCAGUUUAUAAUCAGUACAUUGGAAAACAUGUAGAACCAGUACAUAACUUUCUAUGGUAUGUUAGUUUUGGUUUGGUUUGGUUUCUUUUUUUUUUUUUUCUAAGUGUGAAUAAAGGUGUGUUUACUUAUUUUUCCUAAACACUGUGUUGGUAACGUGUGCAUCAUGAGAAUUUCCAGUUUUCCAGUGAGGGUGAGCUAGAGCUGGUUGGACUGAUGAGACCAAGGAAGCUGCUUUUCCUAUGACCUGCAUUAUGUAAUCACGGGUCCAGAGAGCUUUGUGGAAAGGGAGUGGAGGAGCACUUAACUCAUUUUAUAUGUGUUAAUGAAAUAUGUAUUCUUUUCAUAGAUGCUGGAAUUAGAGUGCACUUGUUAGAUGCUAAAGGUUUGAGCUUUAUACAUAAUGUUUUCAUCUGUAUUUGUUAUUGUCUACAAUAUAUUUGAAUUUGGGGACAGCAUAUUAAGAUAUAAUGGCCUGUUAUGUCUUGAAAAUACUUGGUUUUGCCUCUUUCAGGCAUACCGCAUUCUGUGGGUCAGCUUGAACAGCCUCUAUGUAGAUCGUGAUAAAUUGAACCAAGAGUGUUGUAGAUUUACAACAAUAACCUUCAAAAGAGAAAGAAAAUAUUUUGAGUCUAUAGAGAAUUUUAAACAGUCACACCAAAAUAGAUUAUACUUUUGUUAAGCAAGGUCUUGUGUUUUAAUAUUUUCUGUGUCUUGAAUAAUUUCCAGUAAUCUAUACUUACUAAAUGCAAUAAAACUAGUCUGUUUUUACAAUGUAGAUUAUUUUUCAGAAAUUCUGUCAGGAACAUAUUUAAUGUUUUGCCAUAAUGUAAUUUCAGUGUUCCUGUAGGAUAAAUCCAAAUUAGGAAUGUUUUACAGAAAAUAUGGGGCGUGUUUUCUGUUUUAAAGAUGAGAAAUUUGGAGGCACUCAAUUCCUUGUUGUAAAUCUCUUGAAGUACAGUUUACCAUAUUUGUGGUGAUUAUUUAUGCUUUGAGAAUUUAAAAUAAUGUUCAUCAAGAUUAAUUUAUGGUCUAAUUUAAACUACAGUUAUAGAAAUAAAUUGAUUGCAACUUUAAUAGUCCCAGAAGAUAAGCAAAGAACAUCUCCAAGAAAUGUGUUUUUGUUUGUAUUUUUAUUUGAUUUGGUAACAACCAGUAAAACAUUUUUAGGGUUAGCACUUUUGAAACCUAAGGACAUCAUUAAAUUUGGUAAAAUGCACUUCUGAAUAUUGAAAUUGUAAUUUCAAAGCUCUUCUAAGAUUCAGAUUUUCAAAAAUAACAUUCAAAUUUUAGAGUUCCACAUUUUUACUAUUUAAACUUACAGAAUUAAUUUCCAUCAUGAUAAAAGGGUUGGGGGCUAUGUCAUAUAAGGACAAAAGCCAAUCUAGGCAAAAUAGUCUUUUAAUGAUUCAUUCAGAAUAUUCAGUACAUACAUUGCAGAUAAUUCAUAGAACACCUUAAGCAAGUUUUUCUCCCCCAAUCAAAAGCAGUAUUUUAAGAUGUUUGCUUUGCUCUUCUUUUUGGUUACAUAAAUUUUAAAAACUGGUAUGUUGAUGUGGUGUCUAAAAUAGAGUAUCUAGUCAUUUUACUCACAGUACAUUAUAUUGUGUAAUGCACUGGACUAUCUCUUGUUUACCAUUCAUAUAUCAAAACCCAGCACAUUAUCUGCACUAAGCUCUAAGAAUGUCACAUUUGCCUAGGCAGCUCUUUGAUAAGGGUAAUGGGAAACUGAAUUUAUACCAUGUGGACUGGUGGUAACAAGGGCUUUUACUGUUCUUUUCAGUGGAACCUAUUUGGUCAAAUUGUAACUAGCUAGUAUUAUAUUUAUAUACAGGGUCUCUUUUCUUUACCGAUGUAUUUUCCUACUCAUAGCCAACCAAUAAAUUCAAUAUCUGUUUCAAAUAUUUUAAAAGUGUAAUUUGUAUAGUUGUAGUACUUAGGUUUGAGAAAAAUAACUGUUAAUCAGCAGACCACAUAUUUAAAAUUUUCAGUCAUCUGGGACAGGGUUAUAACUCACCCUUUCAAAGGGACGAGUAAAUGGGGACAGGGCCACGAUAUGGGGAAAUGGUGUAAACAUAUGUAUUUCCUUAUUGGCUGUCUUAUUCUGUGUAACACUCAUAUAUUUGCCAAAGUUCAAUGUUAUAUUUAGGCACCUGAUGAUCUUUUUGAAUUUAGGAUUUUUGUUGUUGCCAUAUACCUCAUAAUAUAAGAAAUGGACUGAUGUGUCUUACGUCUUUUGGAAGGAGGUUGACAUAUUUUAAAUAAAUGCUUUUAAAUACAGUAGCAAA